AAUCAAAUUCGUCAUAUGACAUCGGCGCUAAAAUCAAAACAAAACAAAAGUUGAAAAAAUGGAGAAAACUAAAGCAGAGCUCUAUUUGGAAAAGGUGCAGAAAUGGAGAGAACAGAGAAUAAAAGAGAAGGAAGAAAGACAGAAAAUUAAACAGAAAAGUGUGUCUAAGAAAGAAACAACAUUGCCUGUUAUUGUUAAAGCAGGUCAAGUGAAAGCAAGUCAAGUGAAGCAGAGCCCAGUUAAAGCAACAAUUAAGCCAUGUGUAAAAACUGUUAAGCCAUGUGUAACAACCAUAGAGAGACCCAAACAGUCAUGCAAAAGUACAGAUACACAGAUAAAAACUGGAAUAUUUGGAACAAAGACAAAAGCGCCGAAAGUGGCUGCAAAAGUGGAGAAGAGAAGAAAAUCUGAAGAAACUAGGCAGCUGAUGGAAAAAUUGAAUAAAUGGCGAGAAGAAAAGAAAAGUGCAAAGAAAAUAAUCCAGAAAAGUACUGUUAAAGGUAAAGAAGUGCCAAAGUCUCAUGUACAAGCAGGAUGUAAGGUCGUGAGGUCAAGGUUAUUUGACUAUCAGUCUAAACCCAAACAACAGAGCAGCGCAGAUAAAAGACAAGUUAACAAAGAAAACAAAUUUGUUUCAAAACCUGCAACACACAAGACAGAAAUUUCCAAAACAGGGGUUAAAAGACGAUUCUCUGAAGUACAGAAAGUUAACAAAGGACAACAAAAACCAGUGGGAAUUCUUAAAAGAAAGUCCUGCAUUGGAUCUUUUGAUCUUACUGACAAAAAUGAUGGUAGAUCUCCUGCUAAAAGAAGGCGUACUUCAGUUUCUAAUACAGAUAAUAUUAAUACCAUAGACAAUAAUGAUGAUGUGUUUGUGGGAAAUGUGUCUCCAUGUCAAACUGAGAGUGACACCACAUGUAAACAGUUGCCCAUAUCUGUGGUAACUCCAGGAGUUUCUACACGUAAUGUGAGGUUUUCUACACCACAAAACAACCAUUCUCAUACUGAUGGAAAAAAGCUGAGGAAAACCCCCAAAACACCAGCAACAAGAAGUGAAGAGUUGAAGGACUGGCUGAAAGCAAAAGGGAAGACCCCAAGUAAGUUCCGACAUCUCAUGUGUUUCCAUGGUAAGAAACCGGAAGAUGAGAAGUCAGAAGAUCCACACACUAAAAACAUGCUCACUGUACAAGAAUUGAGUGAACAGAUGGAUGUUCUGGAACAGGAGAGACUGCAGUUAGAAGCUGAGAAAAAGAUGAACUCUAUGCUUGAUGAAUGUAUGAUACUGUUUGAAGCUGGUUGCCCUAUGGAAGCUAUCGUACCAUGGCUGGAUGACAUCUACAAGCAGAUACCAUUUGCACAGAACUCAGCACGUUUUUAUACAUGCAAGGCAAAUGUGAUCAAAUCAAGUCUGGAUCUUGAUGCUGUAUUGGAAAUCUUUGAGCAAGCCACCAUUAAUAAUGCACAGCCAAAAGAAGAUAUUGCAAAAUGUUUGACGGAGACUCUGAAGUAUGUGACGGAGGGUAAAGUGAAGGAGGCAAGGCGGAGAUGUCGUACACCACGUAGAUCUGAGGUUCAGGCAGAAAAUGUUUUUGAAUCUUCAGCAGUUGUGUACACAGUAUCAAAUGUUACCCCAUUUAGUGAAGGAAAGAGGUCUUCCCAUAAAAAAGUAAACACACCAAGUCAGUGUCAGGUGGUUACCCCAGUGAGGAGAUCUACAAGACGUAGUUUACAGAAUCUUCCCGAAUCGUUGAGAGACAAGAAAAGAAGUUUUUCCAGUCUAGAGGAAGUUAAAGGGGAAGAUGUUCUGUUCCAACCAAAUCUUGCAUUAGACACUGCCCUAGCUGCAGUAGAGGACUCCUAAAUGAAAUACAGAAAAAUCUUGGACUGACACAAAUAUGAUAGACACAAACAUUAUUUGACAACUGUAUUAACAAUUCAGCCUAGUGUUCUGUUUCUUUUUUGCUGGAAGUUGAGUGAAGAAAAUUUUAAUAUACAAACUAUGAACAACUAUAUAUUUAGACAGAAAGCUGGCAGAAAAUAUAAAUCCAUUAUUCAAUUAAUGUUAAAAGUAUUAAUGCUGUAUUGUUAAAACAACAACAAUUGUUAAGUCAUCAUACACUGACAGUCUUAAGUUUCUCUGCUAAAGUUAGUGGAAAUCUCAGAAUUGUUUGAAGGGAUGUACCAUAUAUUACCACUUAUACAA